AUUUAUUAGAAAUAAUUAAAAAAUAAGGGGUCAUCUUCUCCACCUUCUGUGCCUUUGUUUUUCAUGCCAGAAAAAAUGGUAGUGAAAUCAACGCAGGAGGGGCUUGGGUGCAUAUAUGAUGUAUAUAUAAGAAUCUCAAUCUCUGUCGUUGGACUAGUAAAGGGGAGGGAGGCGGCGAGAGAUGGGAAGGAUUGGGUUCGGCGGGGUUUGCCUCGAUUGGAGAGGGAGGCUGAAGUUGUUUUGGGGUUGAGUGGUCGUCGGAGGCAUGGCUACCGGCUUUUUCCUUCUCUAAAAUUUUUAUCCUAAUUUUAAUAAUAUUAUAUAACAGAGUUAGAUGCAGAUAACUCUGGUGACAUGCACAUACAGGCCAUAGAGAGUUUUGGGUGCAGAAAAUCUGGACUCAGUCUUAUGAGGGCAUUGAGCUAGCAGGGAGAGGAUAUCAGUUAAAUAAAUUGAAAAUCUUCGUUUGUGUUCCCUUUCUCUGCAUUUUCUUUUUGUUCCGGCAUUUCUUUCCUUUCAAUAUACUUGUAUCCUAUCAGUUUUUGGGUGAUGAGUUAAAUUAAAUCUACUGCAGUGAUUUGCAAGGUGCAUCCUUGGAAGGUCCUAUUCCUUAUACCAUAUCCUCCUUGAAAUAUGUGAAGGAAUUGAUGAUAUCAGAUUUGAACGGACCAAGUAUGCCUUUUCCUACUCUGAGAUAUAUGAAGGACAUACAGAUGAUGAUUUUGAGAAAUUGCUCAAUUAGUGGUACAAUCCCUAAUUACCUUGGCGAGCUGACAAAACUAGUAACAUUAGACUUAAGCUUUAACAAGUUGACUGGAGAAAUUCCACAGACAAUUGAGCGUGCUAGCCAUUUAUCUUUCAUGUCUUUGAGCAACAACAUACUGACCGGCGAAGUACCAAUUUGGAUAUUGCAGAGCAAACGUUACCGGGACUUGUCAUACAACAAUUUUACGGGAUCACCUUCCGUCAGCUGUCAACACUUGACUGUGAAUUUGGUUUCUAGUUAUUCGUCGCCAGAAAACUUGUGGUGCUUGAAGAAGGACCUUCCUUGCUCCUCAAAACCAAAAUACCAUUCUAUAUUUAUCAAUUGUGGAGGGAGGAAGACUAAGUUUGAUGGCCAUACAUAUGAAGAGGACUUGAGCCCUUUCGGACCAUCACACUUUGUUUCGUCGGCUCAAGAGUGGGGCUACAGCAGUACCGGUGUGGACAAGAGCAACCCUGAUGCAAAUUACAUCGUAACAUCUUUGAACAUUACCGGGCCAGAUUUAUAUCAAACAGCGCGCAUUGCCCCUCUUUCACUUAAGUACUAUGGCCUUUGCAUGCUCAAAGGCAGCUACAAAGUGCGGUUGUACUUUUCCGAGAUCAUGUUCACGGAUGACCAAACUUUUAGCAGUCUUGGAAGACGCUUGUUUGACAUCUCAAUUCAAGGGAACUUGGUUUUGAAAGACUUCAACAUUAUGGAAGAAGCAAGAGGUGUCGGUAAGGGCAUUGUCAGAGAGUUUGACAAUGUCACCGUUAUUGGUAGCACACUGGAGAUCCACCUAUAUUGGGCAGGAAAAGGGACAACUGCCAUUCCUUAUACAGGUGUCUACGGGCCUCUUAUAUCGGCCAUUAGUGUGACGCCAAACUUUGAACCUCCAAAAAAAACUUUAAGCUACUUAGAGCGUAUUAGGAGUCAUGUGCCUAUAGGCACAAUGGUAGGAAUUGGAUGCGCAAUAGCAGUCGUCAUCAUCGCCAUCGUAUUACUAGCGCUCGUUAUUCUUUGGAAGAGAGGUCUCCUAGGACGACAAAAAACAUUGGAGGAUGAUUUGAAAGGUGUGGAACUACAAACUCGCAAGUUUACCUUUACACAACUCAAAGAUGCCACAACCAACUUUGACCAAGCCAAUAAGAUUGGUGAAGGUGGUUUUGGUACUGUUUAUAAGGGCAUUCUUGUAGAUGGAACCCUGAUUGCUGUUAAGCAGCUUUCUUCCAAGUCAAAGCAAGGAAAUCGGGAAUUUGUGAAUGAGAUAGGCAUGAUUUCUGCUUUGCAACAUCCUCAUCUUGUAAACCUAUACGGAUGUUGUAUUGAAGGAAAUCAACUCUACCUUGUCUACGAGUACAUGGAAAACAAUAGCGUUUCUCAUGCUUUGUUUGGGGCAGAAGAAAGUCAGUUGAAGUUGGAUUGGCCAACGAGGCAUAGGAUAUGUGUUGGCAUAGCAAAAGGUUUGGCUUAUCUUCACGAGGAAUCAAGCUUGAAGGUUAUCCAUAGAGAUAUCAAGGCCACGAACGUGUUGCUUGAUAGACAUCUUAACCCGAAGAUCUCGGACUUUGGGUUGGCCAAACUUGCUGACGAAGAUAAAACACAUAUAAGCACUCGUGCUGCUGGAACUUUUGGAUACAUGGCACCAGAAUAUGCACUUCGGGGUCAUCUCACAGACAAAGCAGAUGUCUACAGCUUUGGAAUUGUUGUACUGGAGAUUAUCAGUGGGAAGAAGAACUCAACUCAGCAGACAAAUGCAGAAGGAUUUUAUAUUCUUGAUUGGGCGCAUGUUCUCAAAUCGGAAGGGAAUUUGAUGAACUUAGUGGAUCCAAAGUUGAGCGCCGAAUUCAACAAUGAAGAGAUGUUGGCUACAAUCAAUGUAGCUCUCCACUGCUGUAAUUCCACUUCGAAGCUUAGGCCCACUAUGUCUGCAGUUGUGAAUAUGCUCGAAGGUAAGGCUGCUGUUGAAGAGUUUGUCUUGGACCCCAAUCCCUCGACAAGUGAUAACAUGGACCCAACGUUGAAGAAACUUUUCCAGUUUUGUUUGAGAGGGGGUGCCGGGUCAGUUGAAGGGCCAUCGAAUGAUUCAUUUGCAGCUCUUGAUGAUAUCCAUCCAUACAAUCCUCGUUCAGGUCGCCAAGACGAUAGAAAAGGGAGAAAAUGGCACAGUUUUUAGGGAUUAAAAGGCACGUGAAUUACAGGUGGAAUUAAAAGGAUUCAGAUGCCAAUUCAUUGUCAAGCCAUUCUUCUACACCAAUUCCUUCAGCCAGACCAAUUCUUGUUGAGUAGAGUUAAAUUUCUAUUGGUAUGAAUCUGCUACAUUUGCUGCAAGGUUGAUGGAUCAGCUUUUGGCCUAUCCUGUGCUGUCUAAAUGAUGUCGACACACCUAAAGCUGGCCAGGGCAGUGAACCUUAUCUAUAUCUCCAUGUCAAUACAUCACAUGAGACUCAUUAAUUACUUGUAGUUCCUUGUCAAGCUUAGUUGUUAAUUUAGGAUAUCAACUAGUUCCCAUGCCUGUACGUAAAUUAGAGGGACCUCUUUUGUCAUUGAAAGGUGUAUCUUUGAUUUUUGAGCAUUCUAUUCUUCCCUUGUAAGAUGUGGUUCAUCAUGGUUUAGAUUGAAUAGAAGCUGAAUUUGACAAAA